AUAUAUAUAUAUAUAAAUCAUAAUCCUAUUCUUCUUCUUCCGCCCUAACAAGUAACACCCUUCUCCCUGUCCUCUCACGAUCUGAGUCGGUAGAGUUGAGUGAGUGAGUUGGAGAACUCGAACGAGUUGAGACAUGUCGGACGAGGAACACCAUUUUGAGUCCAAGGCUGAUGCCGGAGCCUCCAAGACCUAUCCUCAGCAAGCUGGCACCAUUCGUAAAAACGGUUACAUCGUCAUCAAGGCUCGCCCCUGCAAGGUUGUUGAAGUUUCAACUUCCAAGACUGGUAAGCAUGGUCAUGCUAAGUGCCACUUUGUUGGAAUUGAUAUUUUCACUGGCAAGAAGCUUGAAGAUAUUGUGCCCUCUUCCCACAACUGUGAUGUUCCCCAUGUGAAUCGUAUUGACUACCAGUUGAUUGAUAUUUCUGAGGAUGGAUUUGUGAGCCUGCUUACUGAUAAUGGUGGCACCAAGGAUGACCUGAGGCUUCCAACUGAUGAUAGUCUGCUUACUCAGAUAAAGGAUGGAUUUGCUGAUGGCAAGGACCUUGUUGUGUCUGUCAUGUCUGCCAUGGGUGAGGAGCAGAUUUGUGCCCUGAAGGAUAUAGGGCCAAAGAACUAGCCUCAAUUGCUGGCAAUUUGUUGUUUUUCAUUUAAGCAAAAAAGAUAUUUUUGUAUGGUUUUAUUCAACCCCUGGGUUAUGGACUCCAGUCAGACUAGUCUUACCAACGGGGUUUAUGGAUGUGACACAAACUAUUAAACAUUUUUCUGUUUCGAUGUUAUCCUGAGAUUUUCUUAUAAAAUACGAGUCUAUUAUUAGAAAUUGUCUUUGUUUUG